AUGCCGGUCCGUAGCGCGGCGGCGGCAGCGGCGGCGUCUUGGUGCGCGAGGGCCUCCUCCGUUGGCGCCUUCUUCGGAUGCCUGGCGGGGGCGGGACGGGACCCGGGCGGGGAUGGGGCGCCCCUUCGCGGACGAGGAGCCGGAGCGGGAGGAGGCGCUGCUGGCCGCCGGAGCGGGAGGAGGAGGAAGGGGCGCUGCUGCUGCUGCUGGUGUCGCUGCCCUGGGCCCCGGCGGCGGCGGCCCUGUUGCUCCUCCUGGCGCUGGCCUGGCUGUGUCCGGCCUUGGCCUCGGGGCUGGCGCUGGCCCUGGCGGCGGCGGCGGGGGGGCGCCUGGGCGGCUCGCAGGGAGCGGGCCCCGGGAGCCACGCCUCCGGGGAAGGGCGCCCCUUUGGCCAACGGAGGCCCCGCCGCAGGGAAUGAAGGCAGCAGCAGGCGCCGCAGCCGCGUCUAUAGGGAAGGCCCCACUCCUCCGCUGCCGCCUCCUUUUGUGCUGCCUCCUCCUCCUCCUCCUCGCCGGAGGUACCCCAUCCAUCAGGCCCAGUACGCCUCGCUGGGCACCCUGCCCUCCAUCUGCUGGGACGGCUACGGGCGCAAGAGCCGGCUCUCAGCUCACAACUCCAGCAUGGUCCAGAGCCCCGUGACGGUCAAGAUCGCUCGGCCGGACAGCGGCAUCGGACACUCGUUCUUGUUGGAGCAGCUGUCUUCUCCCGCAUCAUUCUCGCCCACCUCCAACAGCACCCUGGACCCAUGUGCGAAAGAGACAGUGCUGAGCGCUCUCAGGGAGAGCCGGAAGAGGGUUGUGGAGGAGGAGGAGGAGGAGGAGGACCACCGGAGCUUCCUUGGCGGCCAGGAGAGCAAGCGGAGGCGCCAUGAUAGUGGAGGGAGCGGGCAGUCUGCUUUUGAGCCUCUGGUGGCCAACGGAGCCCCAGCAUCUCUUGUACCCAAGCCUGGCUCUCUGAAGCGGGGCCUCCUCUCUUCCCACGGCUCGGAGGAGUCCUGCUCCAAGAGGUCCCGCACGUCCUCCCUCAGCUCCCUGAACAGCCUCUCGGGGGGCGGCAUCCCCAGCUCCAUCCGCAAUGCCAUCGCCAGCUCCUACAGCUCCACGCGGGGCCUCUCACUGCUGUGGAAGAGAAGCGGCCCGAGUGCGUCUCCUCUUUCCAGUCCCACGUCCCCCUGCUCUCAGACACCGGAAAGGCCAAACAAGAAGGCACGGUAUCCCAACUGCAGCCUCCCGGAGGAGGAGGACUCUCUUAAGACCAGCACCUCCACACCGUUGAAGGCAGACAAGGAGGUGCAAGCAGAGAAAGCUGCAGAGACGGCCCUGCAGAGCAGACCCAGUCCCCAGGCCUCGCUCUCGUCUUCAGGCAGUGAUGGCACACGCAAGCGGAAGAUUCAGCUGCUCUCGACUCGCCAUGGCGACCAUUUCACAUUGCCUCCCCCACCUCAGCUUGGGUAUCCAGUCACCUCAGAAGAUUUGGAUGCAGAAAAGGAGGCCGCCCUGCAGUUAUUCAACAAAGUCUUGGAGGACAAAACAGAUUCUGCCCUCAGUCCACCUGCAGAGACGGCUGCCUCUUCCUCCUCCUCUUCCUCCUCCUCCUCCUCCUCCUCUGUGCCCAGCCCCUUGACCUUCUCACUGGCACUGCCUGCCAAGCCCUCUGGGUCACUGCCUCCCUCGACAGCCGUAGCUUCCAACCCCCUUCUGGAAAGCCUGAAGAAGAUGCAGGAUGCCCAGAGCACCGCAGGGCAGGCUGAUCCAGGGGCCAAUUCCUCCUCCACCACCACUGCAGAGACUCCUCCGCUGCCACUAGCCUCGGCCUCGCUGCCCCUGGGCACUUCGACACCUGUGACCUCUGGAGAGGGGGCAGCCAAGCCCCUUCCUCUUGCCUCCCCUCUUUCCCUGACCAGCACUGCUGCCCUGCCGCCCCCUCCUCUACUUCCUCCUCCUCCUGGUUCUGGUGCUGCCCAGCCUGCCUGCGAAGGAAGCACCCCGGUGACCAGCUCCACCUCAUCAUCCUCUGAGCUGAGCCAGACCCCAGCAAGGCCCUCUUCUGCACCCAAGCCCAGCAUCCUCUUUGGGAUCCUCACCAGUACUCCAGAUAGCCAGCCCUUGGCAGGAGCCUCCUCGUCCACCACCGCACCCUCCUCUCUGCCCGCUGCCACGUCUGCACCAGUCUUCAAGCCAAUCUUCGGCGCCCUGGCCAAGAGCGAGAGCCCAAGCCUAUCCAGUACAGGCAGCACCUCGGGAACUUUCUCUGUCUCUCCUGGAACUCUGCCCUCCGUGACACAUCCUCCUCUGGCCCCUGGCCCUGGCACCUUCAAGCCCAUCUUCGGGGGGGCUGCCCACAUCUACCACCACAGCGUCUUCUUCGCCCUUUACCUUCCAGCCAGCCUCUACCCCUGCCAGCACCGCCGCCACUGCUGCAGCGUCCAGCAUUCAUGGGUUCCCUGAUCCCCUGCGGCAGGAGCGGCCACCACUUCCACCUUAGCCUCCUUGCUCUCCACAACAGCUGGCGUCACGAGUGUCUCUGCCAGCAAGCCUGUCUUCAGUUUCGGGACUGGCCUGCAAGGCCUUGGUGGCAGUGGCGGCAUGACCACACCUGCAGCUGUGCCAGUGGCUCCCUCCGGAAUUGCGGCCCCUGCUGCCCUGCCUUCUCAGCCCUUGCUUUUUGGGGCCCCAUCCACCACCACUGUUGUCACUGCAGUGGCCCCCCUGUUCCAAUUUGGCAAACCGGCAGGCACCCAGGGCUCCACGCUUGGCCCCUUAGCUGGCUCUGCCUCCAGCACCACCCCCCAGGCAGCACCUAGCACCACUGCUACAGCCUCUGGCGGCUUCAACAUCUUUAGCAGCAGCGAUGGCAGCUCCUCCGUGGCCCUGACAGCCCCCUCCGUGGCACCCACUACCACCAUGCCCGCCACCGUCACGGCUGCGUCACAGCCUUCCCUGACAUUUGGAUUGGGCCCCUCGGCCUUUGGUGGGGGCUUUGGCACAGCUUCUAAAGGACCCCCUCCUCCAUACUCAGCAGAGCCCAACCAACUGACUUUUGACACAGGAGCCCUGGAGGGUCAGCCGCCAGCUGCCAAGCCCUCCACAGGACCGGUGACCUUUGGCACGCCCUUCAGCUUCACAGGCUCAGUGGUCCAGCCGGCCUUUGGUGUGGGUGCCAGCAGUGGUGGCCCACAGCCUGCCUUUGGUGGCCCUGGGUCCCUGGUAUCCUUUGGGGCCAAGAGCGCAUCCCAGCCUGCCUUUGGAUCCUCUACAUCGGUCUUCUCCUUUGGGGCAGCCACCACCGCGGCGGGCACAAGCUUUGGCUCCAGCACUCAGACUACGGCCAGCAGUGGUGGGAGCAGCACGAGGGCCGGCUCAGUCUUUGGGGCUCCAGCCCCAGCUCCCUUUGCCUUUGGGGCCUCCAGCCAACCGGCGGCAGCAGGAGCAGGAAGCAGCGCCUUUGGCAUUGGGGCAGCUGCCAGUGUUGCUGGCACAGGAGUGCCCUCCGUUGGCUUCAGCUUUGGCGGAGGGCAGAGCGCGGGGACAGGGGCUGCCACCCCCUUUGGAUCUUCCUUGGCAACAAACCCGCUGGGCAUCCCGGCCCAGAGCUCCAGCUUUGCUUUUGGCAUCACAGGCACUCCAGAGAGCAAGCCAGCCUUCGGAGGAGCCCCCGCCCCUACCUUUGGGCAGAGCACUCCCACAGCAUCCGCAGCUGCUAGUGGGGCCGCGCUGGGAGCCAGCACUCUUUCCUUCGGGACACCUGUCACCCCGGCCUUUGGAGGAGCAGGGCCCACGUUCAGCCCCUCGGUGCCCAGUUUCUCCAUCGGGGCAGGAGCCAAGACGGGGGCCCGCCAGCGCCUCCAGGCCCGGAGGCAGCACACUCGCAAGAAGUGACCCUGUGGCUGGACUGUCCCUCCUGCCCGCCCUGCUGAACAACUGACUGAUGGAGGGAGGGAAGGAGGGCGGGCGGCUUCCUCCUCCGGCGCGCACCCUCAGCGGGACUGACUAUUGUGGGCGCCUGUCUUUCUCUGUGGCACCCACUGGGUCCCCUUUGGGCCAAAGAGAGAUCUCUGAAACCCCGCUCCCCUUUUUACUUGAACAGUCUGUGGCGGAGUCUGGAGAAACGUUUGUACAUAUCUGCUCCUUUCUCUUCCGUCCCAGACCCCCUCCAUCUUCCCUCCUCCCUCAUCUGGCCUCGUCCCUCUCCUCUUCUGGGGGGCCGGGGGUGCUUGGCUAGCAUCUGCAUGCGUCUUCUCUUUUGGACCCCUCCCAAGCCAGCCAUCCUCCCCGCCGGCUCCUUCCUCUCUGGGCUGGGAGACUCCUUUUGGAGCGAAAGUCCCUGGUCCCUCCUGUGGGCCAGGCAGCCUCUCUGCCCGGGAGGGCAGACCCCCUUCCAAGGAGGCUUCCUGGGUUCAGCCCUCUUUAUUGGGGUUGGGGGUGAGGGAUCUUUCACGGAAGCACUAACCAAUGUUCUUGCUGGCUGUGGGGCUGGCUGGGGCGGGAGUGGGCCAGAGGGUUGUGCCCCUUCCCUGCUUUCCUGAGCCCCCGGCAAGGGAAGGAGGGAAGGAGGCCCCCCUCCCCCGCCCCCUCUUUUGUUUCCCCCCCCCCCCCCCCGCCCCCCCUGUCUUGUGUUUUACUCACUAUGUCUGUGUUCUUUCCUUUCUUUUAAAAGAAAAAAAAUUACUCUGUGAAUCGAGUUUGGAGGAAGAAUUGAACUGUAUGUGUGGCGGCAUGUUGAUAAUGCCGGACCUGCUGUAAACAUUUUUGGGGGCGCCUGUCUCCAGCGGAGACGCACCCCGCCAAAUUGGGUGUGGACGGUGGCUGCAUCGCUGCGUGGCGAGGUGUGUGUGUGCGUGGCGUGGACCUGCGCGUGAGGCGCUCUGCUGCUUGGGAGGCUGGCGCUGCCCACGGGGGGCAGAGGAAGGAAGGGGAAGGGGCUGUGGCUCUGAAGGGGCAUUGCAGGAGAGCCGCACCUGGAAAACCAACACAGCAGAACCUUCCCUCUGGGGCUUUCCUGCCUAGGAUGGCAUCCAGCUGCCCUGGGGAGCAAUGGAGAGAGGCUAUGGCCGCUUUCCGGCAAGCAGCGGUCUCCCCUUUGCCCCUUCGGGAAGGAGCCCCUCUGAAACCCAAGACAGCCCCCCAAAACACACACAUUCUGGGUGGCUGCCAGCUCUUUUUCCUCCAUCAGAGAGAAAGGUGUGAGUGUGUGCAGAGCCUGCCUCAUUCUAAAUUUAAAAGAUGAUAAUAAUAAUAAUAAUAUUUAAACAUUUUUUAACAAAGUAAAAGUUUAUUUUUAUAUUUAAGCUAAAUUGCCUUUGAAUUCCUUCAAGCUUGGUUCAUGGAGGCGUGGAAGUACAGCGCUGUUUGUUAGGGAAUUGGCCCACGGUUUGAGGAAGAGGAAGCGGAAGAGACGGAAGAGACCCCCUUGGGAUGGGACCUCUUUUUUUGGGGGGGGGGGGAAUCUCCCAAAUCUCCUUCCCUCCCUCCCUCUCUCCCUCUUCGUCUUGCCAGGCCAGCGUUUCAUGUUUCUGUUUUCUACUGUGGAUGUGACUCUGUCUGUUCUGUCCUGCUUGAGAGAAAGAGAGAGAAAGGGCCUUUUGCCAGGAGCGGGUGGGGGCCGUGGGGCCGUGGGGGCGGCAUGUGGAAGGGAAGGUUUAUGGACGCGAGCGGGGAGCAGGUUGGCGUUCUUCUGUUUUAAAAUGUUGCAACAAAGACUUGGAUCAUUCCUGUUGAGGGUUUUAGUGUGAAUGUGCAAUUUCUUUUCCUUGCUUACGUUGAUUUAAAAUAAAACCGAGACUGCUUGAA